GUGGUGUUAUACCAAUGUAACGCCUGACUUGCAGAGGGAUGAAGCCAGCGAUCACCCUUGUCGGAUUCCUGGUAACGCUGAGCCUGUGCCAUGGAUCUCGCCCUUCCUUGAAUGACGUUCAGCGAUGAAGAAUAAUGGGAAAGACGACCAUUAGCUCUGACCGUUCAUUUCAGAAACUACCCAUUGCACCAGACCUAUUCGGGGGAGAGGAGAGGAGGAGGAUAUCUCAGGGAUGCUGUCGGCUCCGUCCCUUCUGAGCAGUGUUGAUGAAGCCAAGCGGCUGGUGGAUGCAGCAUAUAAGUACACCCGGAACCGUUUAAAAGAGAGACUGAGGAACGACGCCUUCACCCCUGCAGAUAUGCUGGAAUAUAUGAAGCAGCCAGUGGGGGGAACCAGGGCCAUCAUCCGAGCUGCCGAUUACAUGGAGACCACCCUGAGCCUGCUGAAGAAGAAGUUGCAGUGGACUGUGAAGGGGCAGUUUAAUGUCACAGACGUGCUGAGCCCAGCCCAGCUGGAAUUGAUUUCCAAGGCUACUGGAUGUGCCCAACAAAAUAUGAAUAUACCAUGUGAUGAAACAAACCCUUACCGAACGAUCACGGGUGAAUGCAACAACAGGAGAAGCCCUACCUUAGGGGCUUCAAACAGAGCCUAUAGCCGAUGGCUGCCUCAGGAGUAUGAGGAUGGUGUUUCAAUCCCUCGUGGCUGGACGGAACAAGUCCGUUAUGCUGGAUUUCCUCUCCCAUUGGUCCGAGCAGUUUCAAACCAGAUUGUCCGCUUUCCCACUGAGCAGCUCGUCUUGGAUCAGACCAGGGCAGUCACCUUCAUGCAGUGGGGCCAGUUUAUUGACCAUGACAUGGACUUUGGCCCUGCGACUCCAGCAACAGCCACCUUCAGCAGCAGAGUGGACUGUGAGACCAGCUGUGCCAAAGAACCACCGUGCUUCCCCAUCAAGAUUCCACCCAAUGAUCCACGAAUUAAAAACCAAAGUGACUGCAUUCCAUUCACCCGCUCAGCCCCUGUAUGCACCGUGGGCAGAGCCAUUCGAAACCAGCUCAAUGCAUUAACAGCCUUCCUUGAUGGCAGCAUGGUGUAUGGCAGUGAAGUACCGUUGGCUAGGAGACUAAGGAAUAAUACCAACCAGCUGGGUUUGAUGGCUGUUAACCAGCAGUUUACUGAUGGGGGAUUGGAAUUACUGCCAUUUGGUAACAUGGAGAAAGACCCCUGUCUUCUCACCAACAAAACAGCUCAAAUCCGAUGUUUUAUUGCAGGUGACACUCGAGCCAAUGAAAUGCCAGAGCUGAUAUCUUUUCACACACUCUUUUUGCGGGAGCACAAUCGCUUGGCCAGAGACCUGAGGAGAUUAAAUCCCCAGUGGGAUGGAGAGAAGCUCUACCAGGAGGCCCGGAAGAUCAUAGGUGCCAUGAUCCAGAUAAUAACCUUCAGAGACUACUUGCCCCGCCUGCUGGGAAAUACCUUUGGGACAGUGAUUCCUUCCUACCGGCAGUACAAUGACUCUGUGGAUCCCCGAAUAUCCAGCAUCUUCACCAUCGCUUUCCGCUUUGCUCAUGCUUCGAUUCAGCCCUUUGUGUUCCGCUUGGAUAAUCGCUACCAGCCUGUAGGCCCCCCAACCCUCCUCAGCAAAGAAUUCUUUGCUAUGUGGAAAAUUGUGACACAAGGUGGCAUUGACCCUGUUCUCCGUGGCUCGAUGGCUAAUCCGGCCAAACUGAUGACACAGCAGCAAAUGGUUGUGGAUGAACUCCGGGAUCGGCUGUUUGAACAGGUCAUGAGGACUGGACUGGAUUUAGCAGCACUUAACAUGCAGCGCGGCAGAGAUAAAGGUCUCCCAGGGUAUAACGCCUGGAGGCAAUUCUGUGGGCUCUCACAGCCUCGCAACUUCGCUGAACUCUCUGCGGUGCUGAGAAAUAGUGAGCUGGCCAGGAAGUUCAUGACCCUGUACGGGACACCAGACAAUAUCGACAUCUGGAUUGGGGCACUCGCGGAGCCGUUUGUUCCCAAUGGCAGAGUUGGGCCCACCAUGGCUUGUAUCAUUGGAACUCAGUUCAGAAGAUUACGAGAUGGGGACAGAUUCUGGUGGGAGAACACUGGGAUUUUCACUUCCCAGCAGCGAGGCGCCCUGAGACGGAUCAGUUUGCCACGCAUAAUCUGUGAUAACACCCACAUUACGGAGGUUCCUAGGGAUAUUUUCCACGCCAAUAGAUAUCCCAGAGAAUUUGUGAACUGCAAUCAGAUACAGAAGCUGGACCUCUCGGCUUGGAGAUCAACACGUGAUGGGGAAGAAGAAGCAUCCGGUGACUACUAAUGAUGGACGCUGAAGUUCCCCUGGAGGGCUGGAUUCAGGAUGCUGCCUGCAAGGAUUCUUUACCACAUUCAGUCCAAUGCUUUUACUGCCUGGAAUACCCGGCAUAAGUGCUAUUGUUUGGCUUGAUUUUGUUUUGCAUGAGGCCUUUUCAGUGAGAUGCAACCAAAUUAAAGUGAGCAGUGUUAAAAGACUUUCCAGUGCAAAUAUAUGCAAUGUUCUAAACAUGACAUUACAGAGCAGAGAACGGCACCAAAAUGAGUUUUCAAAAUGACAACAGAAUAAUUCACAAUCAGCCAGGAAGCUGCCGUCUUAUGAAAUUAGGCCUAAAUCAGCUUUGUCUGAAGAGCCAUUUCUUUCUGUCUGAUUUUCCAUAACUACCUGGGUCUCUGUUGGGACCUGGUGUUGUACGACAAAGGCAGUCCAACGGAUGCACUAGAAUUUCACUGAAAUGAACUUUUAACAUGUCUCUUAUUUACUACAAAUCUGUUUUGCUCUCUGAGUUACUAUAACUAAUCACUAGAACUUUUCCUUUAAGAGAAACAUAGUUUGCUGAGUUCCCAGGAGUGCCUUUGAAUGAGACAGUAACAAUUGUCAUAAGAACAUAAGAACGGCCGUACCGGGUCAGACCAAAGGUCCAUCUAGCCCAGUAUCUGUCUACCGACAGUGGCCAAUGCCAGGUGCCC